AUGACUAGCCCCGACCACAGAGGCCCUCCUCGUCGCCACCUCGCCGCAUGCGCCUGGCCAGACGCGCUCGCGCUCCAGCGCCGGGUCCGGCUCCUCUCGCCCCGCGCCCGACCCCUUCUGCCCGCGUCGCGCGGCUCCGGGCAGUCCGCCACCUGCGCCUCUCCCGCGUCAAGCUCGCUGCCGCUGCUGGGUCCGGCUCCGCCCGCCUUUGGGCUUUGCCCGCCAGCUGCUCGCUGGCUCCGCGCCGGCUCCCGCCCGCCGCGCCGGCCGCCGCUUCCCCGGUCCGGCCUCUGUCCUGCCGCAGCCCCGCGCCGGCCUCUGCACGGCUCUGCCUCCUCCCCCGCCGCGGCGUCUCCCUCCGCUCCCCUGCACCCGCGUCCGCCCGUGCGCGGCUCCGCGUCCUUGCUCGCGGGCAAAGUCCCGCCUCGGUCGGCCACGCCCCCGCGCCGGCUUACCGCGGCCGGUUGCGUCUCCACCCCCGCCGUCUCCGGGUGGCCGCCACGCGCAGGUCGGCUUCGUCACCCGGCUCCGCCUCGCCCCGCACCAGCCGGAUCUUCUCCCGCUGUCUGGCCGCGCUCGGCCGACUACGCGCCAUCCGGCCGCGCCCGGCCUCCCCUUCGCGCGCCCACGGCGUACCGGCUCCCGCGCGGGUUCCCGCACCCGGCCCCCGACCCGUCGUUCCGGCCGCCUGCCGGCUUCGGGCAGGCCGGCUGCUCGUUCCGGUCCGGCUCCCCCAGCACCUGCCGGCUCGCCGCCUACGGCCGCGAGGCCGGGCCCAGAUCCUUCCGCGCCGCGCCAGAUCCGGCUGCCCCUGCGCGCCCCCGGCUCCGCCCGGCCGCCUCGCUUCGCCCCAGGCUUCGACCGCGCCGCGCCGACUCCGCCCGCCAGUGCGUCCGCGGGCCAGCGUCCGCCCUGCCCAUGUGGCUGCGCGCCCCAGCCGCCCCGCCUCGCCCCAGCCGCCCCGCCUCGCCUCAGCCCCCGUGUGGGCUGGCUCCGACCACGCCGCGCCGGCUGCGGCCCUGUCCCGGCCUCCCGCGCCGACUACCGGGUCGCGGUGCUUCGGCCGGCCGCCCCGCGCCGCCUUGGCCGGCUCCCGCCUCGCGCCGCCUUGGCCGACUCGCUGCCCCAGCCGACAUCCACGCGCGCGGCCGGCAUGCCGCUCCAGCCGGCGUCCGCGUGCCCGUCCACCUCCCGCCUCCCGCCUCGCGCCGACUGGCGCCCUCGCAGGGCCGGCUGCCCAAGAAGAGAAAGAAGAAACAGGGCCGGGUCGAAAAGUCAAAGGGCCGAGUGCCUAGAAAAAAAUGGAGGGAGUAG